AUUACGCGGAAGACCCUAUAAGCUAUAGACGUAACAAACCAUGAGUAAGGGUUGUCUUGUUCAGUGCUUAGCAAACUACAUGCCCUUGUCACCUAUAAGCUUCUUAGAGCGAGCAGCUGUCGUCCAUGGCGACAAGGUUUCGAUCGUCUACGGUGGCCAGAGAUUUUCAUGGAAGGAGACGCAUCAAAGAUGUUUCAAGGUCGCUUCAGCUUUUGUCCGCCUAGGGAUAUCUCGCCAUGACGUUGUUGCAGCUUUUGCACCAAAUAUUCCAGCACUCUAUGAGCUUCAUUUCAGCGUUCCAAUGGCAGGGGCAAUUCUUUGUGCCCUUAAUAUUAGGCUGGACUCUCCCACAUUAUCAUUGAUAUUACAACAGUUGGAGGCCAAAGCCAUUCUUGUAGAUCAUCAGUACAUUGAAGUUGUCCUGCAAGCACUGGACAUAUUGUCCCAAACAAAGUCCAAUCCACCUCUGCUCAUUCUUAUCCCAGAGUUUGACCAAUCAUCAUCAUCAUCUUCUCCCAUUGAUCUUGACCUUCCACCAGGUACCCUGAAUUACAAUGACCUGCUGCAGGCAAAAGCAGAGCCCAACUUUCAGAUUCUAAAACCCAACAAUGAAUGUGACCCAAUUUCAGUGAGUUACACUUCUGGCUCAACUGGAAAUCCCAAGGGAGUUUUAUACAGCCACAGAGCUGUGUAUCUUAAUUCAUUGGCAGCCAUUUUUCAAAGUGACAUGAGAAAAAUGCCAGUGUUCUUAUGGACAGUUGAAAUGUUUCGGUGCAACGGUUGGUGCUUCCCUUGGGCUGUUGCUGCUCUUGGAGGCACCAACAUCUGCCUCAGAAAUGUCUCAGCCAAACUCAUUUUUGAAGCAAUUCAUCUCCACAAGGUAACACACUUGUGUGGUGCACCUUCUAUUUUGAACAUCCUAGCAGAUGCCUCAGAAAAUGACCAAGCCAGGGAAAUAAAAUCAAGGGUGGAGAUUAUUGUUGCCGGUGCAUUGCCAGCACCUCAGAUUUUGACCAAGGUUGCAGAGCUGGGAUUCAAUGUGAGCCAUGGAUAUGGCAUGACAGAGGCUCUUGGGCCAGCAAUUGUCACACCAUGCAAGCCUGGUCAAAAGCAAUCUCAGUACAAUCUGAUGAUGGAAGGGGUUGACGUGAAGGAUCCAAACACCAUGGAAAGUGUGGAAUUUGAUGGGAAAACAAUGGGGGAGAUUAUGUUCAGAGGCAACACUUUGAUGCUGGAUUAUCUAGAGAAUUCAAAACCAGUUCAUGAGGUUUUCAAGGGUGGAUGGUAUAGGACUGGUGACCUGGCAGUUAGGCAUCCAGAUGGGUACAUUCAGAUGAAAGACAGGGCAAGGGAUAUUAUCAUUUGUGGUGGUGAGGUUAUUAGCACGCUUGAGGUGGAGGCAGUUUUGCUGACUCAUCCACAAGUUUUGCAGGCUGCUGUUGUGGGGAGAUAUGAUGAGGUUUUGGGGGAGACUCCUUGUGCUUUUGUGAAGUUGAAGGAGGGGUUUGGUGGUGGUGGUGAAGCAAGUUCUAGAGAGGUUAUAGAGUUUUGUGAGGGGAAAUUGCCUGGUUUUAUGGUUCCAAAAGUUGUGAUAUUUGGGGAUUUGCCUAGCCCAACCGGGAAGAUACAAAAAUUUGUUCUGAGGGAGAAGGCCAAUCUUGUGGGAGACCAGGAAUAAAUCUCUGAUUAUGGCCAUUGGAUUUGACAAUUGGCAAACAGGUUUGUUGGUUUUCAUGAAAACUUUCAGUAUUUGGGUAGUGGUGUGGAUGAUUAAUUACUUAUUAUUUUUUGGGUAUACUAUAAUAAGGUUACAAUAGCGUUUUUCUUU